AUGAUGAAGGUGGACGCAGAUGAACCUGGAGGCUUCAGCUUGGAGCCUCCCAGACCUGCAACGUCCACAUCAGAACUGGAGAAAAAGACACAAGACAACAAAGAUCUUAUCCCUGAAAUUUUGGAGAUUAAAGAAGAGUUUCCCAAUAACAUAAACUCCACUUUGGACCAGCAGAAACCAGAGCUUCCUCUCAUAAAGGAGGAAGUAGAAGAGGAGCAGCGGAUCAGUCAGGAGGAAGAGUUCCUUAAUGUGAAGAUUGAAGAUGAAGAGAAACCUCAGUUGUCAGAACUUCAUCAAAUCAAAACUGAAGAUGACCUAGAGACAGAAGUUCCAACCAGAAGUUCACUUGAACCUGUUGCAGAGAACUUUAGACAACCAGAUGGUGACCCAGAGCCUGUAUCUCCCUCCCAGCAAAGUGACAUGGCAGAUGGAGAGAAAUCAUUUGGCUGCAAUCUUUGUGGCAAAAGAUUCAGACGUAAGCAUUCUGUAAAAUUACACAUGAUAACUCACACAGGUAAGAGAGAGCAUAGUUGUGAUCUUUGUGGUAAAGGAUUUGUAGAAAAGCGUUCUCUUCAGACACACAUGAAUGUCCACACUGGAGAGAAACCUUUCGCCUGUGACGUUUGCUGUAAGAGUUUUAAGUCAAAGCCGAAUCUUAGAGCCCACGUACGUAUUCACAUGAGCGAGAAACCCUAUACUUGUGGCGUUUGUAGGAAAGGAUUUUCAGCCAAAAACAACUUGAACAUACACAUGAUUGUUCACACGGGAGAGAAACCAUUCGUUUGUAGUGUUUGUAGUAAAAGAUUUCCAGUACACGCUUAUCUGCGGCGUCACAUGUGUGUGCACACGGGAGAGAAACCGUUUAUAUGCAAUGUAUGCAGUAAAGGGUUUUCAGAGAAGAACAAAUUACACAAACAUAUGGUUGUUCACACAGGAGAGAAACCGUUUAUUUGUAAUGUUUGUAGUAAAAGAUUUGCCCGACAAGAUUGCCUGCAACGUCACAUGUGUAUUCACACAGGAGAGAAGCCAUUUGUCUGCAGCAUUUGCAGCAAAGGAUUUUUACAACCAGCUCUUCUACAGAGUCACAUGUGUGUUCACACAGGAGAGAAACCAUUUAGUUGUGGUGUUUGCAGUAAAGGAUUUUUAUCAAAGAAGACUUUAAAUAGACACAUGGUGGUUCACACAAUAGAAAAACCAUUUUCUUGUGGUGUCUAGUAAAGUAUUUACACGACAGGAGACUCUGCAGAAUCACAUGUGUGUUCACACAGGAGAGAAGCCCUUUACUUGCAGUUUUUGCAGUAAAGGUUUUCAGCAAAAAAGUGAAUAGCCAUGUGGUUAUUCACACGGGAGAAAAAUCAUAUUGCUAGUGUUGACAUUAAUGGGUUUUCACACUGACUUUAAACUAAAGUACUUCACAAAACGUGUCAUCUGCCAUUCUAUUUAAAACAGUAGGUAAUGCUGGACGUGGCAGUUUUUUUGUCUUGUUUUUGAGGCAGAGAAAUUGAUUUCAUCGACUGUAUUUUGAUGUAAAAGCUGAACUAAGGAGAUGAUUUGAAAGUUAGAAACGGCUAAAAACUGCACAACUCAUUUGUUACAUUAUAUGUUUUGGAACUAUGUCAUACGGAGCCCCCGAGGGGAUAUGGGGAUUUUUGUUUCUUUUGCAUCCCCUUGCAAAACUUUUGCAUCCGAGGUAACGCAAAAGUACUGCUAGGGGACGGAAAAGUAUUGCGAGGGUACACAAAAGUCCCCUAGGGGGCUCCGUAAUGUCAAACUAUAUUGACCCUGUGUAAAUAAAAUAAAUAUUCUAAAAGAUCUUAAAAGCUUGAACUUUUGUCUGUUUUGUGGGGGGGAGCAAUAUACAUAAAAAUCACUAGGAAUGAUGCAGAUGAAUCUCCAAGCCUAUAUUUAACAGCAUUCAAGUAAAAUGAAUUUUUAACGAUCAGUACCCUACAUAGCUUUAGUAUAUAAUUUUGGAGUAUAUCUUCUACUGAAGAACUGAAUCAAAAAUAGAGGUCAAGUAUGACAUUGAUGACAGGAUGUAUAAAAGACAGUAGUAUUAAA